AGCUGUUGAUACGCGUCAGUGGCAUAGCUGUGACUGACACAUGGUAGUUUCAGUCAAAACAGCGAAAAAUGGCGUCUGCUUCGGCGCCACUUUUAGACGAUGACACGCUGGCGUUUGGCGAAGAGGAGGAAAUAAACUCUAAGAAAAUAGUGCACCCAUAUGUCACAUUUUUCCAUUUAUCCUUUAGAGUAUCAGCGCUGCUAGUGUACAUGUUAUGUGGCCUGUUCAGUACUAGUUUCAUAGCGAGUUUUGUGACGAUAGUGUUGCUUCUGUCAAUGGAUUUUUGGACUGUGAAGAAUAUUACAGGAAGACUUAUGGUUGGUCUUCGGUGGUGGAAUUAUGUUGAUGAUGAUGGGAAGUCCCACUGGGUUUUUGAAGCGAGAAAGGGGAAUCUGCAGAAUAAAGUUAAUGCAACAGAAGCACAGAUAUUUUGGCUGGCCUUAAUUCUGUGUCCGCUGUUGUGGAGCAUCUUGUUCCUGGUUGCGUUGUUUGGCUUUUCCUUUAAGUGGUUGCUUGUCAUCUGCAUAGCUUUAGCCCUUAAUGGAGCAAAUUUAUAUGGCUACAUAAAGUGUAAAAUUGGAAGCAAUCAGUCGGUUGGACAGUCCGUUUCAUCAAUGACCUCAGACUUCUUUAGGAAGCAAGUGAUACAGAAUAUGGCAUCUCUAUUAACGAGGAGCAAUCAGCGUCCAAGUAAUGCACCGGGACAGACAAAUGUGAUUUAAAUUGUUCCUCGUAUAUGGAAACUGAAGACUUAAAUAUCAAAUGUAUUCCAAAUUUUUUCUGUGUUA